GAAGUCUUUUUUCAUGGCAAUUGCGAAAUAAAGAGACGGGGUAUACGUAGAUGCGAAAUAAGGAAGCGACGUUUGUAUGUUCCCGCCCAUGAUGUCAUGCUUAAAGCCCUCGUUUCUCUCUCUAAAACUCCGUUCUUCUUCUCUCUUCUCCGUUCAUGGCUACCUACGUCAUCGCCCUGUAAAAAUCCACAGUUUCAUAAGGUCCAUGGCUUCUCAUGUUGUUGGGUAUCCGCGAAUUGGACCAAAGAGGGAGCUCAAGUUUGCUCUCGAGUCCUUUUGGGAUGGCAGAAGUAGUGCUGAGGAUUUGCAGAAGGUUGCAAAAGAGCUGAGGCAUUCUAUGUGGAAACAAAUGUCAGAUGUGGGUAUAAAAUAUAUACCCUGCAAUACAUUUUCAUACUAUGAUCAUGUCCUAGAUACAACUGCAAUGCUUGGUGCAGUUCCUCCAAGAUAUGGAUGGAUGGGAGGUGAGAUUGGUUUUGAUGUUUAUUUCUCCAUGGCCAGAGGGAAUGCUACUCUCCCUGCCAUGGAAAUGACAAAAUGGUUUGAUACCAACUAUCACUAUCUUGUACCGGAAUUGGGACCUGACAUUAAAUUCUCAUAUUCUUCUCACAAAGCUGUGUCUGAAUACAAGGAGGCAAAGGAGCUUGGAUUUGAGACUGUUCCAGUACUUGUGGGCCCCGUGUCUUACUUGUUGCUAUCAAAACCCACAAAGAGUGUAGACAGACCAUUUUCUCUUCUUUCAUUGUUGGGGAAGAUCAUCCCUAUUUACAAGGAGGUUUUGGCUGAACUAAAGGCAGCUGGUGCGAAGUGGGUGCAGUUUGAUGAGCCGACGCUCGUGUUAGAUCUGGACUCUCACCAACGAAAAGCAUUUACUGAGGCCUAUACAGAGUUGGAAGAAUCAUUUUCUGGUUUGAGAGUGGUUGUCGAGACCUACUUUGCUGAUGUGCCUGCUGAGGCAUACAAGACUAUCAUAGCAUUGAAGGGUAUCUCAGGUAUUGGUUUUGAUCUGGUGCGUGGAGAAAAGACCCUUGAUUUGAUCCAAAAUGUAGGCUUUCCUUCUGGGAAGUUCCUCAUUGCUGGAGUCGUAGAUGGUCGGAAUAUCUGGGCCAGUGAUCUCGGAGCAUCAAUGUCCAUUUUAAAAGCUCUAGAAGGAAUUGUUGGCAAAGAGAAGCUUGUCGUUUCCACUUCCUGCUCUCUUUUGCACACUGCUGUGGACUUGGUAAACGAAACAAAGCUCGAUAGUGAGAUAAAAUCAUGGUUAGCAUUCGCAGCUCAAAAGAUCCUUGAGGUGAGCACUUUAGCGAAGGCUUUGGCUGGCAAAAAAGAUGAGGCAUUCUUCAUGGCAAAUGCUGCUGCUAUAUCAUCUAGAAAAUCGUCUUCUAGGGUGAACAAUGAAGCAGUUAAAAUAUCGGCUUUGGCAUUAAAGGGCUCUGAUCAUCACCGAGCCACACCGGUGAGCACCCGACUUGAUGUACAGCAAAAAGAGCUUAACCUGCCCAUUCUACCAACUACGACAAUUGGGUCUUUUCCACAAACCAUGGAUCUCAGAAGGGUUCGCCGAGAAUACAAGGCAAACAAUAUCACUGAGGAAGAGUACAUGAGGGCCAUUAAAGAGGAAAUCUGUAAAGUUGUCAAGUUGCAAGAAGACCUUGGUAUUGACGUUCUUGUGCAUGGAGAGCCAGAGAGGAACGAUAUGGUGGAGUAUUUUGGUGAGCAAUUGCAUGGCUUUGCAUUCACUGUUAAUGGCUGGGUUCAGUCCUAUGGUUCCCGCUGCGUAAAACCCCCAAUCAUCUAUGGUGAUGUAAGUCGCCCAAGGCCAAUGACGAUUUUCUGGUCCAAAGCUGCACAAAGCAUGACUUCUCGUCCUAUGAAAGGAAUGCUCACUGGACCAGUUACUAUUUUAAACUGGUCAUUUGUAAGAAAUGACCAACCUAGGUCAGAAACCUGUUACCAAAUUGCCUUGGCCAUAAAAAAUGAGGUUGAAGAUUUAGAGGACGCUGGCAUUCAGGUGAUCCAAAUUGAUGAAGCUGCCCUACGAGAAGGUUUGCCUCUACGUAAGUCGGAGCAACCCUUUUACCUGGACUGGGCUGUACAUGCUUUUAGAAUCACCAACUAUGGUGUGAAAGACACUACCCAGAUUCACACACACAUGUGCUACUCCAACUUCAACGACAUAAUUCUCUCUAUCAUGGACAUGGAUGCUGAUGUGAUUACAAUCGAGAAUUCAAGAUCCAACGAGAAGCUCUUAUCAGUGUUUAGAGAGGGCAUCAAGUAUGGAGCAGGGAUUGGGCCUGGAGUGUAUGAUAUACAUUCACCAAGAAUCCCAACCACCGAGGAGAUAGAGGAGAGGGUUAGAAAGAUGUUGGGUGUGCUUGAGCCGAGUAUGGUAUGGGUGAACCCAGACUGUGGUCUCAAGACCAGGAAGUACUCUGAGGUGAUUCCUUCUCUAAGCAACAUGGUUGCUGCUACAAAGCUUCUCCGAAUUGAACUGGCCGAUACCAACAGGUGUUUUGAGUUGGGGGCAUAGUAUAUGCGCUCAGCAUUUAAUGGGAAUACUCUUGGACAGAAUAAUUUGUCUGUGCUCUUUUCACGACUUUAUCUCCGCACUUUUGACAUGAUCUUGAUUAAAUGCUUGUCCUUGUGAUAAUAUUCGUACUGUACACUCAUUUACGCACCGUAAGUGCAUCUCAUAUAAAUACAUGGGAAAGGUUUCUAUGCU